AUUAUAAUGUACAAUGGAUCUCAACUCUUUUCAUCACUAGUCCUGCAGCUCUCUAAAUUCCAUGGUUUUAAGGUAUUAUUAUUCUCUGCAGGUAAGCUGUGUUCUGCAAAACCCAUCUGGCAAUUUGUGUAGUGUAGUUCAACUGGUCAAACUUCAAUCUUUUUGGUCGGCCAAUAUGAAGCUCUAAUGCAUUCUUACAGUUUCAAUUUCAACAUUAAAAACCGUAUCAUGGGCAUUUAGCAUUAGUUUUUGAAGCUGGGUUUUUCUCGUUUUUGGUUAAUAUAGAUGUUUGGGAUUUCCCUUUUUUACUUGUGGGGUUGGUUUGGUCAUCUCUGUGGAUAAAUUUCAGAUGGGUCCAUUGCUGCAGUGAAGGAAGUUUCAGAUAUUUGGAGGUUCUUGCUGAGUAUUAUUGGCUUUCGUUUUAUACUACAGUUCUAGCAAUUGAGAGUAUUAAUUGCUUGUAAAGGUAAACCAUACGUUUUCUCUAUCUGGUGGGUGGAAACAGUAACACUAUUUAGGUGUCACGUUAGCUAUAUACCAUUGAACAUCUACUUCACAAAGCUUAGCUAACCAGGUCAUAUAAGUCUUUGACUCAUAAAAUAGUGAGUGUUUCUAGGACUAUUGGUUUGGGACUAAUGUCUAAUGCCCAGAUCUCAUUUUGUACAAAGUCAGAUGUGUCCAACGUUAUCAAGAUAGGAAAAAAUUUCCCCUUUUUUUGACUAGGACUUAUCAAGAUAUAUAGGAGCUGGACCAUAUUGAGUUGCCUAGGAAUAAGAUCUAUUUUGGUAGAUUGCAGAGCUCAAAGGAGUCAAAGUAGAGAGGAGUAUUUUUUUUUGUAGUAGUCAUCUAUAACUUGUGUGAGUGUUUCCCUCUCAAAAAAAAAAAAAAACUUGGGUGAGUGUCUGUGCCCAAGCCAGUUAGCUGUGACUGAGGCAGAUCUUUUUUUCUUUUUUUUAGUGAAAAAUGAGAUCUCUAGAGGAUAAGGGGUGCUAUAACCAUGGUUCAACACAGGAGAUUUCAACUAGCAAUAACAUCAACUUUGAGUUUCACAAAGGGAACGGAGCUACAUACACUCGCAGUUCCCAUCAUCGAAAUGCCUUGAGCAAACCAACACCAUCAAAGUGGGAUGAUGCACAAAAAUGGCUGGUUGGGUUGUCAAGAUCAGUGGGAGAGAAAAACCAAUCCAAAACUACUAAGCCACGGAAUUCGAAUGCUGAUGAUUUGAGACUAAUAGCUCCUGUUCCACAAAAAGAGCAGGACUACUCGAGUGGUGAAGAAGAAGAAGAACAAAAUGGAGUGGAAGCUCAAUGUAAAGCUGAGACAAAGAAGGUAGAUUGUGAUGAGUCAGUUUGGCGUAUAAAUAAGCCUUUAGAGAAUUCAACACCAACUGUUCCUGUCCGAUCAAUAUGCGUGAGGGACAUGGGGACUGAGAUGACCCCAAUUGGAAGCUUAGAGCCUUCAAGAACUGCCACACCUAUUAGAGCCACAACUCCUGCAACAAGGAGCCCAAUAGUUUCUGGAUCAUCCACUCCAGCUAGGUGCCAACAUGGAAAGCAAGCUGGUCAUGAGGGCUAUCAGACAGGUCUAACAUCCACUGAUGGCAGAGGAGAUACUAACCCCUCUGGCAGGGGGAGUUGCACAACCAGACAGUGUGGAGGAGACUCAAAUGCUUGCGAGAGGAACAAGAAUUUGGAUCAAGCUAAAACAUUGAGUCCUCUAGAAAGCCGAGCAGUGGCUUGGGAUGAAGCAGAACGUACCAAAUACAUAGCAAGGUACAAGCGUGAAGAGUUGAAGAUACAAGCAUGGGAAAAUCAUGAGAAGAGGAAAGCUGAGAUGGAAUUGAAGAAAAUGGAGGUGAAAGCUGAGAGAGUGAAAGCUAGGGCACAAGAAAGGUGUGCAAACAAACUUGCUGCUACUAGAAGAAUAGCUGAAGAAAAGCGUUCAAAUGCAGAGGCUAAACUGAAUGAGAAAGCUGUGAGAACUUCUGAGAAAGCAGAUUAUAUAAGAAGGACCGGUCACUUGCCCACCAACUUCUCCUUCAAGUUGCCUUCUCUUUGCUGGUAGCAACUCUGUUGAACAUUUACAUGUAACAUUUGCCAGUAAUUUUUUAAUUAUAUGUUAACAUGUGGAUUUAAUUGAGAAGCUUUAUAUGCUACUUAUGGAAAAUGUAUUCAUAUGGUUCCUUCAAUAAAUCUUAGACACCCAUUUUUGGGUUAGUCUUCUUUGAGACA